AAAAUGGACAUAAUUGAGUGGAUUGGAAUAAUUGUUUUGUGUUACUUCGGAUACUUAUUCAUAAAGGAGUGCAAAGUAAUUAUUUUUGGGAAUCCAAAUGUACAAUAAAAAUAUGGAAAAGGAUGUUGGGCUUUAGUCACUGGAGCCACAGACGGUAUAGGUAAAGGAUUUUGUUAAGUAAUGAAUAUUGUUUUUAUUUCAAGGAAUUUGCAAGAUAAGGUGUCAAUGUUUGCAUUGUUGCUAGAAAUAAAUCGAAAGCAGAGAAUUUAAUAGAAGAGCUAAAGAAGAUUAAUGGUAAACCAUAAUAUAAAAUUGUGAUUGCGGAUUUUUAGAAUUGUCUUUAAGAAUCCUUUUUCCAAAAAAUAUAUCAAGAAGUGAAAGAUUUAGAUAUCGGUCUUUUAGUCAACAAUGUUGGAGUCUUAACUGUUGGAGAAUUUCAUAAGACGUCUGACGUUGAUCAAUAAAAUUAAAUUAUCAUCAAUUGCAUUCCUGUGGUGUUUAUGACAAAAUAUAUAUUGCCUAUUCUCAAGAAAAGGGAAAGAUCAGGAGUCAUAAAUCUUUCCUCAUUAACAGGAAGAUUUGCCUAUCCUUAUUAUCAAGUAUAUUGUGCAACUAAAGUAAAAAUUGAUAUCAACUCCAAAGGCAUUUAAUGAUUAUUUUACCAGAUCCCUACAAAUUGAAGUCGAAAAUGUUGAUUUCCUAUCAUUACGACCUGGAUUUGUUUAAACAGCUAUGGUCAAAAAUUAGACUGAUCCUCUUACAGUUUCUACAUAGCAAUGUGUCAAAUCAGCAUUGUAGAUUAUAUUUUAAUAAUAUUAGAUUUUAAUUGGGAAAUAAGGAAGCUACUGCAGGACAUAUUAUUCAUAGAAUAUAAACAUUUAUUUUUAGUCUAGCCGAAGGAAAGCUUACGGAUAUCAUAUCACCAAUUGUUGCAAAAUAAUUAUAUAAAUAAAAACAUUGAAUACUUCUAAU